CGUUAGUACAACUCCCAGCCUGACGGAAUUUUUUUUUUUUGUGUGUGUGUGUGUGUGUGUAACCACGCCUACACAGUGGCUGCCAAGGCUUAGCCAUGAGUUAAACCUUCUUUAGCUGGUAAUGAGGAAGGCGUGGGCUCUAGCAGUAGACACCCGAAGGCAGCAGUGGAUAAAAACAAGCAAAAUAAAGAAAAGUUUGGCUGUGAGAAGGUGCUAGACAGCCAGCCAUAGUGACGAGGAGGCAGGACCACCACCAUCACCACCACAGGGAAGGAUGGACUGGUCAAGAGUAACAUGGACAAGCUGAUGUGGUAUGCUAUGAACUCCCCUGACAAAUUGGACCGGAUUGGGGAGUACCUAGCAUACAGGUUGUUCAGGGACAUCAACAGAAGGAAGACAGGAUACGUCAUCAUAUCAAUGGAUGCCCUGGACCAGCUGCUUAUCUCCUGCCACGCCAACAACCUCAAUCUUUUCGUCGAGUCUUUCUUGCAAAUGGUACAGAAGCUUCUUGAGUCAACCGAACCUGCCCUUCAGCUGAGAGCCACACAGUCGUUUGAGAAGUUCGCCAACAUCCGAGAAGACACUCCUUCUUAUCACCGUCGUUACGAUUUCCUGGUCAGCAAGUUCUCCUGCAUGUGUUACUCCAACGAUGACAACGAGGCAACACGAAAGCAUCUCAGGACUGCUGGCAUCAAGGGACUGCAGGGUGUGGUGCGCAAAACAGACUGGGACAACCUUGGAGAGAACAUCUGGCUACCCACACAUAUGGAAAAAAUUGUCCCAUCACUUCUGUACAACAUGCAACACAGCUCUUUGUACACUGAGGAGACCAAGCCCACAGCAGAUGCCCCAGACAACCACCACCACCACCACCACCAGGGGGACGGAGAGAAGGAACCACACGAAUUGGCUGAAAUGUGUUUACGGGAGCUUGUGUCGCGUGCCACUUAUGGCAAGAUACAUAAUGUUGUCAAACCUCUGCUGAUGCACAUGGACUUGCAGGGGCUCUGGGUCAACAAUACAUUUGCCGUACAGGUGUUCAAGAUCCUUAUGUACUCUAUACAGGUUCAGUACAGCAUAACGAUCAUUGAGCUUAUCAUGAGCCAUCUUAACGAGAAGGGGAGUGAGUCAGCAAAGAUCAGAACAGGCAUUGCUGAUGUGCUGUCGAAGGUCAUACCCAUCGCUGCCGGGGAGUGUAUAGGUCCGUCAGUCAUCGAGAUCAUUAAUUCCCUUCUGGAGCACAUUCGAGCCUCAGUGGUGGGGGGGGCGAGUGGAGAGGAGGGGUCAGCGGAGAGGAUGUACCAGGAGACCCUCAUCCACGCACUUGGGGAGUACGCGAACCACCUGCCAGAUUACCAGAAGGUGGAUUCCAUGGUGUUUAUCUUGAAUAAGGUCCCCGGCAGUGACAGGGUGGAUGACGUAGGCUCGCAACGUCCUGAGGCAGAGGUGAAGCUGCAACAUAUUCUUCUCAAGUCACUGCUUAAGGUGGGGACGAAAUACACCACAGAACAGUACAGCAAGACAUUCGCACAGUCGUUCCUGGUGCGGCUGAUGCGUUUGAGCAUGUCCAGCGAUGCGGAGGUGCGGCUGACAGUGCAACACAUCCUGCACACACUGCUCGACCGGCACCACAAUGCUCACAAGCUGGCCAAACCUACCCUGGAGAUCACCAAGCUGGGCCUGACGUUCGCCAAACCGGUGCGACAGGACGUUAAUUUCUGGCGUAAGUCGGGCACGGAGCUCCUGCUGUCGGCUCAGGAGAACUGUGAGUUUGCCAACAAUACCCUGGCAAACCUGGAAGCUGUGUUCACCACCCUCAUGCUGCUGCUGCUGGAGAUCCGGUCCGAUGAUGUGAUUGUGGAUAUUCUGAGGGUUAUGUUUCACGUACAGGGCGCGGCGCAGAGUGGGAGUGUGAAGGGUGCAGCUGCCAUCCAACUGCACGGCCUGGUAUCCUCAGUAAUGAUGGCUGUGGCUCACCUGGUCCCCACAUUGAAGGAUCAUGUGGCUGCGGUCGUGAAGAACAGGUCAGACCGCGCGACCCACCUGUUGCCUGACCUCCUGCCUCAGUACGACCCAACCCUGCCCUUUGCUGGCCUGCCCGAGGACCUUCUCUUUGAUAAUGCCACUGUUCUUGACCUUCUCAGUGGCACCAGCUUGGAUGAGAAGCGAUUAACAGCCAGUGUGUCCAGCAUGAAGCGUCGCCACUCAGGGGGACACAACACCUCAAACUCUGCCAUGGACAUCAACGCAAUCAGUGUGGAGGUGGACAGUGCCUGCUCCUCGCCCGGCCUGCCUAGGAAGCCACUGGAGGAGGAGAUCACCUUCGAGUCACUCAAGAAGGUGCUGAUGGAGAGCCCAGAGCAGAAACGGAAAGCAGAGGAAGAGAAGCAGAGACGUCAGAUUACAGAAGCCUUCAUGACAGAAUCGUUCGAAGCGCUGUUUGCCAAAAUCCAAGCACGCCAGCCAGAUAACCUCCACAAUAAGUUGACGGAGAUAUUCAACCGCCUUCCACCGCCCUCCUCCACCGCCACCACCGCCUCCGCCACCACCACCACCGCCACAGCUGCUACGACUUGUGACUCCGCAGCUGCCCUCAUCUCUGCCACCUCCAACUCCCCCUACCAGCUUCCCUACCCAGAUAUUAUCAUUUAUUAACAUUAGUUUGUGUCUCUCUCUCUCUCUCUCUCUCUCUCUCUCUCUCUCUCUCUCUCUCUCUCUCUCUCUCUCUCUCUCUCUCUCUCUCUCUCUCUCUCUCUCUCUCUCUCUCUCUCUCUCUCCUUCCUCUCUUUCAAGCCCAAACACACACACACACACACACAAACACACACACACACAAUAUUCUCUUUUAUAUUCCAAGAGAUAACUAAGAUAAAUAAUUGUUUGAUACAGUGUUAGAGAGAGAGAGAGAGAGAGAGAGAGAGAGAGAGAGAGAGAGAGAGAGAGAGAGAGAGAGAGGGGGGGAGAGAGAGAGAGAGAGAAAGGGGGGCCACUCAUAGAGAUUAAAGUUUUAGAUUUUCUUUACUAAACUUAAGCAAUUUUAUAUUUAAUUUAAUUCACAUUUAGACUUUUAUUUUUUUUAUUUAUUUCUACAGUGAGAUGGUUUGUGUGUGUGUGUGUGUGUGUGUGUGUGUUGUGAGCAUAGUGAUGGAUUGUGUCGGAAAUAGAAAAUAAUGUUAAUUCUGCCUUUUGACUUGAUUUGUAUAUAUUGCUUAGACACAGAGAGAGAGAGAGAGAGAGAGAGAGAGAGAGAGAGAGCAGUUUAGUAAAAUCCUCAAGACAAGAGAAAUGAUGAUAAUAAUAAUAAUAAUAAUAAUAAUAAUAAUAAUAAUAAUAAUAAUAAUAAUAAA